CGCUCGUGACGUCAGGCGCCCCGCGUGCGAUUAUUUUGAACGGGGGUCAAGAUGGCGGAGGAGAGCAGCUUGCAGCACCGGAAUCACACCGGACAGAACUGCACCGCCAGCCGCUGUCACGAAGGGGUUUGUGGGGAUGUCCGGCGUGAGAUGAGCUCCUCUGAUCCGCUGCUGGAGGAGCUGGAGGCGUUCGGACCCGUGCAGAUCGUCAUCUCAGACGAGGAGCAUCACCAGUUCUCUCUGGACGAGGAGGCGCUGGAGCAGAUCCUGCUGCAGGAGCGCGUGAGGGAUCUCCGUGUGGUGGUGGUGUCUGUAGCUGGAGCCUUCCGCAAGGGCAAGUCCUUCCUGCUGGACUUCAUGCUCAGAUACAUGUACAGCCAGGACUCAGACGCGUGGCUGGGUGGGACGGGCGAGCCGCUGACGGGCUUCACCUGGAGGGGCGGCUGUGAGCGCCAGACCACCGGCAUUCAGGCCUGGAGCCACGUGUUUGUGGUGGAGAAACCCGACGGAAGCAGGGUGGCUGUGCUGCUUCUGGACACGCAGGGAGCGUUUGACAGUCAGUCCACCAUCAAAGACUGCGCCACACUGUUCGCCCUCAGCACCAUGACCAGCUCCGUACAGGUCUAUAACUUGUCCCAAAACGUUCAAGAAGACGAUCUGCAGCAUCUUCAGCUCUUCACAGAGUACGGUCGACUGGCCAUGGAGGAGAUCUACCUGAAACCCUUCCAGUCGCUGAUGUUUCUCAUUCGAGACUGGAGUUACCCGUACGAACACGCUUACGGUCUGGAUGGGGGAAAUAAGUUCCUGGAGAAGAGGCUGCAGGUCAAACAGAAUCAGCACGAAGAGCUGCAGAACGUCAGGAAGCACAUCCACUCCUGCUUCUCCAGCAUCAGCUGCUUCCUGCUGCCGCCCCCCGGCCUCAAAGUGGCCACCAACCCACACUUCGACGGCCGCUUGCGAGACAUCGAUGAGGAGUUCAAGAAGGAGCUGGUGAAUCUGGUGCCGCUGCUUCUGGCUCCUGAGAAUCUGAUGGAGAAGGAGAUCAGCGGCUCUAAAGUCACGUGUCGAGAUCUGCUGCAGUAUUUCAGAGCCUACAUGAAGAUCUAUCAGGGUGAAGACCUGCCGCAUCCCAAGUCCAUGUUACAGGCGACGGCUGAAGCUAAUAACCUGGCCGCUGUAGCAGGAGCGAAAGACUCGUACAGCAGGAGCAUGGAGCAGGUGUGCGGUGGAGACAGGCCCUACAUGUCUCCGGCGGAUCUGGAGCGCAGUCACGAGGAGCUGAAGCAGAGCUGUGUGCGUCAGUUCCGCGGCGUGAAGAAGAUGGGCGGCGAGGAGUUCUGCCUCCGCUAUCAGGAGCAGCUGGAGCAGGAGAUCGACGAGGCCUACGCCAGCUUCCUCAAACACAACGACGGGAAGAACAUUUUCUUCGCGGCGCGCACGCCGGCCACGCUGUUCGCCGUGAUGUUCGUCAUGUACGUGGCGUCGGUGGUGACGGGCUUCGUGGGUCUGAGCCCUGCGGCGGCGCUGUGUAACCUGCUGAUGGGCCUGGCGCUGCUCUCGCUCUGCGUCUGGGUCUAUGUCAGAUACUCCGGGGAGUUCAGAGAGCUGGGCUGCUUCAUCGACCGGCUGGCAGAAACCCUGUGGGAGCAGGUCUUUUCCAAACUGUUCGAGGUCGCGCGGAGCAAAGUGACGCUGAGCGCCGUGAUGCCGACGCCGCGACAGAGACUGUCCUCCAACAACAACGUCAAGAAGAAGAACUAGCCCGAGAAUCUCACGUUCAGGACGCUCCAUCACCGCCGAGGAUUCUGGGAGUUUCACCAGGUGUCCUCUUUCUCAUGUCAUCUCUUCUGUCCGUCUCAUCUGUGUUCAUGGAGAAGCGUUCGGACUCGCUGACGUCUCUGUCCUCCUCCGGACGCGUCACAUGACUCUGAGCGGGUCACGAUCCACUACAGGACCUAGUUGAGAACGCUGAACUGUACCAAUGAUUUCAGUGUCUGCUGUACAGACGAACUUCCUGUGCUUCAUCAUUCCAUCCAUCCAGACUGUGUUUCCUGUACAGACGAAGGUUUUUAAACUGCUCACUGUAGGGCAUGAUAUCUCACUGCGCGAGA